GGAUAUCUAUGUUUUGGUUUCCCAUGAACUGUAUGACGUUUUAUUUUUGUAUGACUUCGUGAUUUGGAUUAAUUUUAUUUGUAAAAUAUAUGUACAUAGUAGAUUAUAACAUGCUUCCAUUUGUUUAUUGUUAAAUUUUCUGAAAGUGUUAAUUAGUAAUAUUUGCAAAAUUGAGUAAAAAUGCCUCGUGAACAUAUCAAAUCAACAAAUUCUGCUGCUGUUACAAAUAACUCUGAAGAAGAUGAGGAAGUGGAAAGUAAAACAUCACCAAUGAGUUAUAAGGACCGUCGUAGAGAAGCUCACACUCAAGCAGAACAGAAACGAAGGGAUGCCAUUAAAAAAGGAUACGACACUUUACAAGAGUUAGUUCCAACAUGUCAACAACCAGAUGUUUCAGGUUAUAAACUAAGCAAAGCUACCGUACUUCAAAAAUCCAUAGAUUACAUCCAAUACCUACAGAUGCAAAAGAAAAAACAAGAAGAAGAACGCAAUGCUUUAAGAAAAGAAGUCAUAGCAUUGACAAUAAUGCAAACCAAUUACGAACAGAUUGUUAAAGCGCAACAAUCUCAGCCAGGACAUAUGGAAACUCGAGUUUCUGAUGAAGUGAAGUUUUCAGUGUUUCAGGCAAUAAUGGACCAACUUUUUUCAACGUUUAGUGCCGUAUCAGUGAAUAAUUUUCAUGAAUUAUCAGCCGGAGUGUGUAGUUGGUUAGAAGAUUGUUGUAAACCUCAGACACUCAAAGAUACAGUCUUUCAAGUUUUACGUAGACAUAAUACACAAAUGCGUGGACAAUAAUGAGAUUUAUAUCUUAUAAGAUAUGGUUUAAUGUAUAUUUGAAACCUGUUCUGUAAAUUAUACAACAAUUUCCUCAUCGACUUGUGAUUAAUUAUAUUAAAUGUUACAAUUAUUAUAUCAAUACAUUCUAAUAAGCAAAUUAUAUAAAUUAC